AUGCAUAAAUACUACAUAUCGGUAUUAUUGGUACGCUUGGUCAUACCGGCGUCUCUUCUACUAAGUAUUGCAUUACGGCCUUUUGGACUUUCUCUGAUAUAUUUACUCCUAUACUUGAUAGCACCGUUUCCCCAAGUGCCAGAUUCCAAAACGUUCCGAGGCUUUCGAGGCAAAUAUCUCCAACUUAAUCUCGCGGUAUCAGUACUGCUUUUAUUAGUCCACGCAACAUGGCACAGCGUAUUGGCUGGAUUUGCGCCAUACGGUUCACUUUUAGAGGACUAUCCGAUAAUACAAAUGAUUGGAUACAACCUUGGACUGGUUUCAUAUGCGGGGAUCGAUCCUCUUAUGGCGGUUCAUUAUCUGGCACCUGAGUUAAUCGUAAUGGGUACAUCAUUAAUAGUUUACUUGAUGGUCCGCAUGCUUCUCGUUGGAUCACCUAAUGAUGAAGUUGUGAGAAAAGAUUCAAAGCAUCAAAGAUUUCCGCUUCUCACGGGCGCCGGAAAAUAUUUAGCCCUCUUUUUGUUAAUGUUUUCUGGGAUUAUGCGUCCAAGCGUCACUUCAGGAAUUUACUUCUUAGUAUUUAUGGGAACAGCGACGGCGUGGGCUCUAGGUAGACCUCUUGAACGAGGUUUCGCAGUAGUGAGCCGCUGUAUUAUGGCUAUCAUGGGAAUACAUAUAGCGGUACUACUUGUAUACCAGUGCACUUGGAUUAUAGACAUUUUCCCCCCAGAGACAGAUAUGGCAAGGUAUUUUGGCCUCACGAAAUUAGUAAUACUCAAUGAAACGGAUCCUUCGAAUUUUACGUACGAGGUUACAGAUGAUCAUAUGUGGGCUACAUUGGCUAGUCCUUUCAUUAUACUAUUCUCAUAUUUUUUCCUCGCACUUGAGACGCGAGAACUCUUCAAGCCUAAGGCGAAGAAAAAGAGUGCUUUAACCGGUCUCGAGGCUGGUAAAGUGAACGGUUCGUUGGUGAGAGGCGUAUCCUUCCACAGAAGACACGCGCCGCGGGACAAAUGGAGGAAUGCCACGAAGAAAGUUCGCGUUGCAUAUUCAUACAUAAAUUCCAAAGCACUUCGAGGGAACACCGGUGAAAAUGAUCCUCUCCUACGUAAUAUGAGUCCAAGCAAGCGUUGGUCGGGAACACGCGGUGGCUCGGUCACGCGGCAGCUACACCAAGACUCCACCGGAUCAGUUGUUGUACCAGAUGAAGAAUCAGUUAUGGAAACAGAAGAGCCAACUUUAAUGGAUGAAAUAGUAGCAGCUGUUAUAGACUUCUUCCAAGUGUUAGUGAGAUCCUCUUACAUAGCAACAACUAUAACAAUGAUGGCAUGGAGCAUAAUGUUCCACUCGUGGCUCACAUUUGUUCUCCUGAUGUGGGCCAACAUUGUCUGGCUCUGCCAGGACCAGCGCUCCUUCAUGUUGAAGACCAGUCCAAUAUUAGUUUGUUACGCAAUGCUACUUCUCCUCGCUGAAUACAUAUACGGCAUGAAUCUUACGGAAGAUGAACUACCAUCAAAUAUCACUGAGGUGAAUCUUCGUCAAAUAGGGCUCGGUCGGGCUGAUGGUGAGCCCUGCGUGCCGCUUCUCAUAAAGUCGCUCUUCACGUGCAUGUUCUGGGUGACUCUGCGUCAGCGCGUGCAGGAGAUGCGCGAGCGACGUCACUCAGCCGUCAUCACUGAUAUGGCCGCGCCUUUACAUCUCACUGUGUCUACUGCGGCUAGUGCGGUAGGUGCAGAAGGCUCCCGCGAAGAAGAGCACCGUUCUCGUCUCCUGGUCGCGCUGGGCGAGUGGUUCCGCGCCGCGUGCGCGCGCUACUGGAUAUACGUGGUGGUCAUCAUGCUGUUCGUUAUCGGCAUCACGGGCGACCGCAUGACUAUCUUCCGAAUCAUUUAUAUGUUCCUUUUCCUUGUUUUUAUACUAAUGUUCCAGAUAAGUUGGUAUUGGUGGAGACGCUUAAUGUAUGUCUUCUGGAUAACUGUGAUCAUAUACUCUAUGAUAAAUCUUAUUCUUAUAUACAUAUACCAGUUCGACAACUUCUCCAAAACUAUAGAGACCUACCUCUUGAUAAACGAAAGACUACAACACGAUUUGGGCUUAGAACCAUAUCACCCAGCUGAUUUGUUCGUGAAGCUCUUAACGCCUACGUUGUUUCUCAUAAUAACUAUAAUGCAGGUGCACUACUUCCACAAAGAUUUUAUGGUAUUCUCCGAUCCGAAAACAAGAACGAAUAGUGUUGCUAGAGAGGCAGAAUCUAGCAAGCCUACUGGUGGGACUUCUACUAUGAAAGAUGAUUUGCCGGCAUUGCCAUUGGAGGGUAAAGCGGAGCAGAACUCUGAUAGUGACACGGAGGCGGAGCAGUCUAUAGGCACGUCGUCAUUCAAUACUGCGGCUAGACGCUCUAUGUAUAGGAAGUCAUCCCGCAGCCGCUCGUACGCGCCGACGGUGACGGAGCGCGCGUCCACGCUGUCCGCCCUGCGCGCGUUCCUCGCGCUGAAGCUCGGCGCGCUGCGGCGCCGGCUCCGCGCGUGGACGGACAACGUCUUCGCGCUGCUCGACAUACACCUCACUAAAAUUAUAUUCUUGUCCCUCAUGCUGCUGUGUGUGUUUAACGUGUGCGCAAUGCACGUGCCCAUCAUGAUACUGAUCUGCCCGGCGCUGUGGCUGAGCUCGCGGCGGCAGAGGAUUUGCGUGCUCUUCAUAUCCACACUCAUCAGCAUCUACUUCAUGGCCAAGAUGGUUUACCAGAUUGAAUAUAUCAAGCAUUCGUAUUUUGAAGUAAACUGUACUAAAAUGGGAGAAAAUAACACUUUAAAUACAACCACGUACAACAAUGCUGAAUGGGUCGGAUUCCGCAAGGCGAGUUCAGCUCGUCCCUUGGUAGUGUUGCUAAAGGGAUAUAUCGGACUCAUCGCCGUUUUUACUUUCUAUUCCUUAGUCACAUAUCGCCAACAAACUAUUCGGGCCUUGGGACUUUUACCGGGCCACAAAGAAAAAAUAAUGUUUCCAGAAGUUACCCGCAAGGAAGCGGAUAAAGACAUAUUACAUUGCAUUAAAUAUUUUAUCAAUUAUGGCUUUUACAAAUUUGGUGUUGAGAUCUCUCUGAUCUGCCUGAUGGGCGUGAUCGGGUCGCGCAUGGACGUGUGCGCGGUGGUGUACGCGGGCUGGCUGCUGGCGCUGACGGCGGCGCGGCGCGCGCGCCUCGCGCGCCUGUGGCCGGCCUUCACCGCCUGCGUCACGGUGCUGGUGCCGCUGCAGUACAUGGUGGCCGUGGGGUUCGUGCCGCUGCUGUGCGUGGACUACCCGUGGAGUGGUGGCUCCGAACAAAUGAAACAUAUACGAACAUGGCUGUUCCUACCGUACAAUGACGAGCCGCCGCACGCUGUGAAGCUGAUCUUCGACUUCUUCUUACUAUUGUUCGCGGCGCGACAGCUGCGAGUGUUCCGGGUGGAGAAGGCACAAGGCGACGCAUAUCCAGGAGGCUCCAAUAGCGAAGACAUUGGCAAGGAUUGGGAGACGACGAAAUUUGUUAAUCCUGUACCAGACUUCUUGGGAUAUGUCGGGUCUUGGUUGGACGUGGUGAAGCGUAUGGUGUUCCUGGGCAUGCUGUGGGUGACGCUGGCUAUCAUGUUCAUGACGGGCACCAACCGCGUCAAUCUGUUCUCUAUGGGAUAUCUCAUCGGCUCCUUCAUAUUCCUCUGGCAAGGCACCGACUUUUACUUACGCCCUAAAGAAGCUAUUUUGAAAUGGUGGUCGUGGCUACUCCGCUACAACGUGUCCGUGGUGGCGGUGAAGGCGCUGCUGCAGAUCCCGGGCUGCAUGUUCAGCGAGGUGCUGCAGGCGCACGCGUGCUGGCUGGUGCAGCUGCUCGGCAUCGGCUGCGUGGACAAGUUCGCGGGCGGCAACAUCGCCAGGUUCCUCAAGAUGCAGUAUCAUACGACCUCAGUAUGUUCAGUACCUCAAGAAGAUAUUGGCUUAGCGUGGGACGGAGUUUGCUUCGCUUUCUUAAUUUUACAAAGAAGAUUGUUCCAUAGUUAUUAUUUUUACCGAGUUAUCGAUGAAAGCAAAGCAACUACGGUUCUUGCUUCAAGAGGUGCUGAGUUAAUUGAGGAACUUCGUCAAAAACAAAUGCACAUUCAGGAAGAUCAGGAGGUUAAAAUAUUGGAGAAAAUUAAGGUUAAAAUGGAAAGAAUCAAGGCUAACCAAAAGAAGAUACAAGGAGUUAUGUCUAAGGAGCCAGCGCAUCAUGAUGCAGACGAAGAAGACGAAGAGGAGGAAGAGACACAACCAGGGGAAUCGGAACAAGUGCCGCUCGUGCGCGGGGACUCUGAGGAGUCGCGCCGCGGCUACCAUACUCCUACCUCCCCCACCUCCCCUUCCUCCCCGGCCUCCCGCCGCGGCUUCCACACACCUCUCAGUGAACCUUCUGCCCCACCCUCCCCCGUGCGACCUAUGCCCGCCCUCGCGCCUCUACCCCUCACAGCACCGACAUCGCAAGGCGGCCCUCCGUCUCCAUCCUCUGCACUAAUGACCGUGUCCCUCGAUGCCUACCUGGAACCCAGGCGCAUAUCCUUCGAAUCCCCUCCCUCCUCCGACCUCCUCCCUCGGGCCCACAGUCCAGAGGAGUCCUACCCAGUCUUUUCACCUCCGCCUAUAAGAAGACGUCAUACGGUGGCCAGCCCGAGCCUGCUGCAGCGCACCUCGAUCAUAUCGCACUCGAGCCGCGCUGAACCGAACUCCCAUCAUACUUCCCGCGUGAGGCCGCCGUAUAAGCCGCCCGCCAGCCAUCAGAAGGCGGUUCGUUCUGGAGACUACUACAUGUUUGAUGAGUUCGACGAUACCGACGUGCAUUUAAAGGAUGAUGAAUCAAGUUCAGAUGAAGACGCCCCUAAAACUAUGGGCUUCGGCAAGUUGGUAUCGACGGCUAUCAAGACGGACGUGAGACGCGCGGUGUCGCUGCGCCGCGCGUCCGCGCCCGCCGUGCGCACGCGCGACGCCACGCGCGCCUCCUCGCUCACGUAUCCUUUCUCUUACCCGCGUCAGAUGCGCAGCUCAUCUCCGCGCACGGAGGGCGUGCAGGAUGAGCGUUCGAGGGCGGAAGAGAGAGAGCGGCCCGGUCCGGCAUCCGAGUUGGAUGACUUUGCACCACAACCCGAAUCUGAAACAAUUAUUGACAAAAUAAAAGCAUUCUUGGAUACUGCCUGGGCUUUUAUAUCAAGCAUUCUCGUGACCUUAACUCGCCACCUUAUGAAAUACUCCAGGGAUUACAGAUACGUGUCCCGAACACUUUCAGUCGAAAAGAAACAUCUCAAAGAAAAAGAAGGCUUUGGUAUCGGUCUGAGGGAAGGGUCACAAAUGAUUUGGGAGCCUUUACCUGAAACGUUGUUACAUCACAAGGAUAUAACAACUUUAGAAGAGCAAGAUGAUUCAAUGUUCAAGCAUGAAAAGUCACCAUUCGUCCAUCUCGCGUACGCGCUAUGGUACGCAGUGUUGGCGCACACGGACAUUGUAUGUUACAUCAUGGUGUUUAUUAAUCAGAUUCAAUCUGCAACCAUUUUGUCAAUACCAUUACCACUAAUGGUAUUUCUGUGGGGAACUCUAACGAUACCACGACCAACUAAGACCUUUUGGGUUACGCUUAUUGCAUAUACGGAGGUUAUAGUACUUAUCAAAAGUAUGUUCCAAUUUGAAAUUCUUCCGUGGAACCAAAUGGCGACACCAGCUAACAUGCCGUUUACGGCACCAAGAAUCAUUGGGAUCGAAAGGAAAUUUAAUUAUGCUCUCUACGAUUUAUUGCUUCUACUUAUAAUAUUUUUACACAGAUUCAUGCUGAAAUCGCUUGGAUUAUGGAAGGAGUCACCGCCAGAGGUAGAAUUAAGAGAAGAUAUGGAAUAUCCUCUCACGCCCUCUGACACUCAACUGCUUGUCGAAGGCAAAGGAGAGGAAGUGGGACGCAAGUAUUUGAACAUGCACGAGCGUUUCAGCCCGGCACAUGAAGUUGAAACCAAUGGGACCUCAGAGACUCCUAAGAAAACACUAGAGUUAGAGGAAGCCCCUCCUCCGGAAGACCAAGAACCUGGACCGUCUAAAGCGAUUGACGACGAUCAUUACAAAGUAAACGACGAUCAAGAACCGAUUAUCGCAGUAACGACUACAAUAGAAAAUACGUACCAUCACUAUCCUCAAGUCAUCCUUCUAUCUGUGAAGAGAUAUCUACGCCCUACGCGCGAUUUUUUCCAGCGCAUGCUGGCGCCGGGCGCGCGCGUCACCGCCGACAUAUACGCGUAUAUGUUCCUAUGUGAUUUCUUCAACUUCCUCGUUGUUAUAUUUGGAUUUGCUGCUUUUGGUACGCAUCAAGGCGACGGCGGUGUUCAAGCGUACCUAGAAGAGAACAAAGUGCCCAUACCGUUUCUAGUGAUGCUGAUCCUCCAGUUCGGUCUCAUCGUGAUCGACCGCGCGCUGUACCUGCGCAAGUUCAUGCUCGGCAAGAUCUUGUUCCAGUACGCGCUCAUCAUUGGCGUACAUGUGUGGAUGUUCUUCGUACUGCCUUUUAUUACUGAGAGGACUUUCAACGCACUAUUGCCGCCGCCGAUGUGGUACAUGGUGAAGUGCGUGUACCUGCUGCUGUCGGCGUACCAGAUCCGCUGCGGCUACCCGCGCCGCAUUAUUGGCAACUUCCUCUGCAAGUCCUACCGCUUCCUAAACAUGGUGUGCUUCAGAGGGUUUAUGGCGGUGCCUUUCUUAUUUGAAUUACGAACUCUCAUGGACUGGAUCUGGACGGAUACGUCGAUGACACUCAUGGACUGGCUCAAGAUGGAAGACAUAUUUGCCAGCGUUUUCUUGCUAAAGUGUUCGCGAUACGUGGAAGACGAGUUUCCACAACCUCGCGGCGUCAAGAAGUCGGCCACGUCCAAGUACCUGCUGGGCGGCGGCGUGCUCACCUUCGUCAUCGCCAUUAUAUGGUUCCCGUUAGUUUUCUUCGCCUUUGGUAACUCUGUGGGACAACCUAAUCCUCCAACUGAUGUAACAGUCAAAAUUCGAAUCGGACCUUUCUUACCCGUGUACCAGAUGUCUGCGCAGUCGCAUAAUAUUGAUAGUUUCACGGAGCAGGACUACACGCAGCUGAGCAACCAGUACGCGCGCGACCGCACGGCGCAGACGUUCCUGUCCAACUACAUGUACAACGACGUGGCCGUGGUCACCAUCAACCCCAACUCCACCAUGAAGUGGCAGAUCUCGCCGCCCGAGCUCGCGCGCCUCGAGCGGGAGGCCGUCUCUAACGCGUCGCUGACGGUGAAGUUCACGUACGUGAUCACGCACCCGAGCAACAACGCGCAGAACCCGCCCACCAUCGAGAACAACCGCGAGGUGCCGCUGCCCGCGCGCCUCGGCGCCGCGCCCAACCCCGAGCGCCAGGCGCUGCUGCGGCUGCUCGCCAACACCUCCGCGCCGGACACUUGGUUGAACGUCAAAAUGCUAUUCCCUAAAUUCGUGAAAGUAUUUAACAAAGGAACAACAAAACCCGCAUAUCAAUUAAUGCCUCCAAUUUCUGCAACGGAGGACGACGACGCGCGCUACUACCGCGACGUGCAGCUGCGGCUGGAGCGCGAGGGCGACGCCGUGUACUGGCGCGUGCGCGAGGCCUGCCAGCCGCAUGAUUUCCUAGCUCCGAUACCAAUGAACAACUGCGACAUGCUCGUCAUGUACACGUUCAACGAUAAGCUCUUCCCGGAGACACUCAAUUUCAUCUCGGGAGGGGGUAUCAUCGGGUUGUACACUACGUUCGUGUUCCUGGCUUCGCGCGUAUUGCGCGGUUUCUUCUCCGGCAUCUAUACCAAGAUCAUGUUCGACGACUUGCCCAACGUGGACCGCGUGCUGCAGCUCUGCCUGGACAUUUACUUGGUUCGCGAGGCAUUGGAGCUAUCUCUAGAAGAAGAUUUGUUCGCAAAAUUAGUGUUCCUGUAUCGAUCGCCAGAGACAAUGAUCAAGUGGAGUCGGCCCAAGGAGGACGACGACCGCGAGCAGCGAGCGCUGCCGGCCCCGCAA